AAUAAAAUUAAAGGCAAUACAAAUAAAAAUAUAUUUAAAAUAUAGGUACACGUUUUGUUACGUACGUGAAUUCGGCUUCCCGACAAUGUCCAAUGAACUCCAGACCAAUGCGAAUAUUUUGUAACUCACUUUUCCGCAUUUCAACUCCAUAUCUCGUCCAUAAUAUUUAUUUUAACAAUAAGGAGUCAACUUCAUGUAUCCCCCGAACUUAGGAGGUUUAUGUUGUUAAUUGGAUUUUAAUUUACCUGCAGGGUAAUUUAAUAAGUUUCGUACAACGUCAAAGAUUAUGAUUGUUUAAUGGUGCCAUGUUGAAUUGUGUAUAAAUUCAAACACAUUUAAUCAUUAUUUUAUUUUUAGUCUUGUUUGAGUGUUUGACAAAAUAAGUUUCAGUCAUAAUAAUUUUAUACCAAAUAAUUUGUAAAUUAGCAAACAGAGCUAGAGAUUUGAACAACGACCUUGCAGUGCCUACUGUUACGUCUAAAAUAAUAUAAUUGUAUCAAACACGCGAGUUAUUAAAUAUUGACUUUUGGAUUUGUCAUUCGGGAUUCUGAUUUUAAACUUUUAUUACCUCGUGAAACAAUGUGUCAAAUAUACGAGUAACGAGUUUUUAUAUGAACUCAAUGAGACUCUGCAGGAUCACAAAUUAAGGUACAUAAUAAUAUCAUCACGGUAUAUAGUAUAUUUGAUAAUAGAAAUUAUUCAUGAUUAUUUUUUGUAAAAAUUAAAUUUCGUUUAAUAUUACAUCGGAUAGGUAGACAAUUCAUUUUCGUGGAAUAAGACUGUAUUAGUUUGACUAUUUUUUUCUGUUAUUUUUUAACCUGUCAUAAAUAUUUUUCGUGGUCUAUUUGUGGCUAUUUGAACAAUUCUGUAAACAUGGCCAUUUUUUAAUAUACCAUACAUAGUAUACAAUAAUAUAGUAGUAUGAUAAUAGCAAUAUAAUAAAUAACGUGAUGUACCCGCGGGCAAUAGAUGUACACGGCGGGACGCGCAUCAUUAGCCCCCAGACGGUAACUAUGGAUACGCCCGGGAAAGCCAUAAGCUCGCGCGCGCCCUCGGCGAAUAUAGUUGGUAUCGUGAAAUGCGAUGGUUGUGCGCGUGUGUGUACGUGUGCGCGCGUAAUGUACGUUCACGCUCGCGCGCACGCGGCUACGGCAACAGCGUCGACUGGCGGGCGGGUUGGGGGAGACGCUGGUUGAAAAGUUUCCGCGCGCGCCACAAGUGUUCAGAUAUAGGACCGUGGCAACAGUUCGCGUGCCGUCAGCAGCGCAUGUGUCGUCAGACACCGUCGCUGUCGCUUAUUGAAGGCCCUCUUCGCGGCACCACACAAUACGCAGACCGCGUAGACGCGCUUGUCGUUAUCUUUGUCGUCCGUUGACCGUUAUUUUUACUCCUUUACGAAUAUUAUGACUGUGUAAGUGUUUUUUUUAUAAUUCAUAAUAUUAUAUUGUGUGCAAGCGAGCGCGAAAUGUUCGCAAAAGUGCAGUGAAACGACUACGUCACGCGUCCGACAAUCAUACUAAUAUCAACACCGUGUCGAUAAUAUAUUAUUAUCAUUUAUCACGUACGCACUCACGCGAUGUCGUCUACCGACCGGGUGUUUGAACGACGGAUCGUGUCCAAGCGAAGAACGUCCGCCAACCUGGAGGACACACCAGAGAAGCAGUGUCCGAACGGUUGGGCCAGCGUCGUGGCUGCCGCCGCGGCAGCCGCAUCGUCUUCGUCGUCAUCGUUCCGACAAAAGACGGCCGCCAAGAUCUCGCAGAGGACGACGUUUCAACCGCAUCCCGAUUCCAUUUGCGAUUGGUUCUUCAAAGUGAUGGUACUUGGCGAUUCCGGAGUUGGGAAGACGUGCCUGUUGGUUCGUUUCAGGGACGAUAUGUUCUUGGGUGGAAAUUAUAUUUCUACUGUUGGUGUAGACUUCAGGAAUAAAAUUAUUUCUGUCGACGACUCCAAAGUCAAACUACAGAUAUGGGACACUGCAGGUCAAGAACGAUUUAGAAGUGUAACACAUGCUUAUUAUAGAGAUGCUCAUGCACUUUUACUUUUGUACGAUGUAACUAACAAAGUAAGUUUUGACAACACACGAGCGUGGUUGAGUGAAAUUCGAGAUUAUGCUAAUGAUCAAGUAGUCAUAAUGUUAAUAGGAAAUAAAGCUGAUUGUAGUUUAAAUGAUAGAAUGGUGAAAAGAGAAGACGGAGAACAAUUAGCUAAGGAAUAUUCAGUCACUUUUAUGGAGACUUCUGCAAAAUCGGGGUUUAAUGUCGAAAUCGCUUUUAUGGCUGUUGCAAGGGAGUUAUUAUUUAAAAAAACAGGGAUAGAAAAAAAAGGAUCUUUUAACGUACAAGAUUAUGUGAAAGAACAAACUAAAACCAAUUGUCCUGCAUGUUCUACAGCAUAAUAUAUUUUAUGCCAUGGAGUAGUCCUUUGUCUAUAGUUACAAUAUUACGGGCGAUUCGGCAGGUAGUCCCAAACUACCAACAACAAAAUAUAAACAACAGUACCCAAUGCGACAACAAAUAUAAUUUAAAUUUAAUCUUUUAUACAGAAAAAUGAAAACAUCAUAUUAAACACCCGUCAUUAUUAAUUAUCACUUAAUCAGUUUUGUUAUGUUUCAAAAUCAUAUAGGUACUCAUUUUUAUUUCUUACUGUUGCUCGUAUUGUAUUGUACUUAUUUGACUAUAAUAUUAUUUAUAUGAACCAAUAUGUACAACAUUAUGCCUUAUUAGUUUAUUACAUUAAACUAAAAAAUUGUAUAAUUAUGCUUGUAGACUUAAUAUUAAUUAUUACGUGAACAAUUGAAAACUAUUUAGCUAUUAUUGUCAUAAACGUAGAUUUAAUGGCAGUAAACAAAUUUAUUCUAAAAUAUAUAUUUAAGUAUUGUAUUUAUCAUUAGGUAAGGCGGUAUAGCUAUGAUUAUUUAAAACAAAAAUAAAGUAUAGUUUAUAUUAUAUGUUUAUUUUUGGUUGAUUCAUUGCUUACAUGUCAUCUAAUCUAUAGAUUUUCAAAAACAAUAAUCUGGAUACAUGAAGAAUUGAAAAAUGAGAUUCUACGCAUGAGAAUACGAAUACCUGUUUAUUUAUAUUUUGUUGUAUUCGCCAUAAUUUCCGAGAUGAAUCUAUGCCACUAAGGCGUAAGACUAGCUGAUAAAUAUUUUACAUUUAUAGUAGUCUUAUAGAAAUAGAAAUAUAAUUUGUUGUUAAAUAGUUUGUUGUUUCUAAAAUAUUUACUUUAAGAAAAUAUAUAUAUAUAUACCUAGAUAGUUAUUGGUAACUACACCAUAAAAUAAUUUUAAUAAUAAGUUCCUAAAAUCAAAUACUAAUUAACAAUAAUCUUCAGAUACAGUUAUUAUCUACCGAGUAUAAUAUAAUAUUGAGUUAUUAUAUAUCGACUACAAUAAUAAAAUAUUAAUAUUAAGUACUUAGUAGUAAUAGUUAUUAAAAUAACAAUAAUCAUUAAUGUGUUAAUAAUUUAAAGUAUUUAUAUUUAUUUGUAUGGACGAUGCAUGUAUAGGAACUAUUAUUAAAUGGUAUACGUUAUAACUUUUAUUAUUAUUACAAAAUAUUGUUAUUGUUUUAAAUGUAUGUUGUAUUAACAUUAAUAUUAUACAUGUAUAUUUUUUUUCUAUCAAAAAUAAUGUAUUUACCUAAUGAGUUAGUAUACUCGUAUGUUGAUUUUUAUAAUAUUACCGUUUACUAUAAUACCAUUUUUAUGUUUAAAAAAAUGAGUGAUUAUUAAAUAUAUUUAAAAUAUACUGCCACCGUACUGUUAUAAGUGCAUGGUUUUUAUACUGUUGUUUAUUUUUACUUGACAUAAUAUUAUACAUAGACAUAUAUUUAUUUACUACGUCCAGGGUCGACCUGGUCAUGACCGCUAGUGUUGGCCGUUGGGGGCCCAAAAUUUAUAAAAAUAUAAUCAUGUAACUACUGACUGUAUUUUGUGCUUGUGUAUCUCAUAACUAUAGAUUAAAUAUACGAAUAUAUAAUAUUGUUUAGUCGAUUAUUACAGACAGUAUCUAAAUGUCUAAUAAAAUAUAAUAUUGUAAUAA